CCCACUUGGUAUAAAAUUUGCCGUCAACACAACUCUAUAUAGUUUCUCUUCCCACUUUUGAUGUCGUUCUUUCUCUCUUAAUCCACUAAUUUAAUUAAUACUUAUUCCAAACAACCAUUGGUUCUUCCCACACCGAACAACUCGACCACGAACGAAUCUAUGACCCAACACUAGAGCACCAAAGCGGCACAUUUCAUACACUCUCUCUAUUGACCAAGAUGCUGUUUAUUUAAAUGAUUUAUAUACUGCAUGUUCCCAGAUAAUCCAUUUUACAACCUUUUUCAUUUAUAAGACUCGACACGUUCAAUAACCCGAGCUACCCGCUCGACCUACCUACACACAAAUUCGCCCUUGGCACCGGUAAUGCUCGCAAGCACAUCAGGGAAAGAGUUUUCGGGCAGUCAGGCCUCUCCGAAAUCGGCCCUUUAUUCGACCUCAAAGGACCGGGAUACCAAAUCCUUUCAAAACGACCCAUCGGGCGUCUCAAAGAAUGGACGGAAUGAUGAUAUAAGCCAGGGGUCAGAAAGCUCAAAGAGCAAGGAACUGUUACGGAUCAAGGAGAACGAGUUUAAAAGGAAACAUUUUGGUGUCGUUGGUAUACUCUUAUGGAUUUUUUUCGUACACGUUACCGGUAUAUAUCUGUUCACGAAAGGAUUUCUUUUGACUCGCCUAGUCCUCAGUGACAAGUCGAGUUGUGAUAUUUCUCCCUUGGAUGAUGGCGAUUUCAGUGGUGGACAAAUAGACAAGGGCUGCUGGCACCCCAAGACUUUCGAUAAAGCGGUCUUCUUAAUAAUUGAUGCCCUAAGAUACGAUUUCACAGUUCCAUUCCACCCAGAAUCAGAGAGUGAUCAGGCACAAGUGUUUCACGAAAAUAUUCCCAUUUUCUACGAGACUGCUAUGCAAACCCCUGAGAGGGCUUUUCUUCUUCCUUUCAUUGCUGACCCCCCUACAACUACCCUCCAACGAUUGAAGGGCCUUACAACUGGCACAUUACCAACGUUCGUUGAUGCCGGCUCCAAUUUCGCUGGUACUGCCAUUGACGAAGAUAAUAUUGUAUCUCAGUUGCGCAUAGCUGGCAAGACCUUGGUUCACCUUGGAGAUGAUACCUGGCAUAGUCUGUUUCCAGACUAUUUUGACCCGGAACUCACACGCCCCUUCGACUCUUUCAAUGUAUGGGAUCUACAUACCGUGGAUAAUGGAGUAAAUAAUAACCUUUUCCCGCUCCUUCACCCUUCGAACGCAACAAGAUGGGACGUCAUUUUCGGUCACUAUCUCGGCGUAGACCACGCUGGGCAUCGCUACGGCCCUGACCAUCCUGCAAUGGCUGAAAAAUUAAAACAAAUGGAUAAGGUUAUACGUGAUGUUAUCAACAUGCUCGAUGAUGACACACUGCUCAUCGUAAUGGGUGACCAUGGCAUGGACUCGAAAGGCGAUCAUGGGGGUGAAUCCGAUGAUGAAGUUGAAGCUGCGCUUUGGAUGUACUCGAAGAAAGGAAUAUUCGGGCGCACAAACCCGCAGUACUCGAAACCCCCGAAGACUGCCAAGGAGAGGCCUAUCCCUCAGAUUGAUAUUGUUCCUACCCUGUCUUUGCUUCUCGGGAUACCUAUCCCCUUCAACAAUCUUGGGUCGCCCAUAGAAGAGGCUUUUGCAGGCCGCACAGGAUUGGACCUCAAGAACCUCGCAACUGUGAACCGAAUCACGUCGGCGCAGAUUAAAAGAUACCAGCACCGGUACGCAUUAGCGCGAGGUGUCGACGAAAGUCAAACAUCGGGUCCUUUAUCACUCUGGACUGGGGCAGAGUCACAAUGGAAAGCAUUGUCGAAACUAGGCUCGAAUUCAGAAAAAUUACGGAUGGCCUAUACGGCCUAUAGGGAAUACCAACGGGAUACCUUGAACGUCUGCCGUGGUCUCUGGGCUCGAUUUGACAUCCCUAGUAUGAUACAAGGCAUCGUGUUACUUUUCGGGGGUAUCGUGAUAUUGGUAACCUACGCCAGAGGUUUACGCGAAGAGCGGACGACGUUUAAUUCCAUCUUACUUUAUCGUACAGGCCAAGGUCUUGUUCUAGGUGCUGUGUCUGGUUCUCUUUAUGCAUAUCUGGCCGAAGUCGACCUUAUUGACUCCCUAGCAUUUGGCACAUCUGGAGCAAGCAUGCUUGGUGCGCUAUCAACAUUUUUCUCGGCACCACAAAGCUUUAAGUCAUCACUUCCUAACUCUUCCUGGGGCUGGUUUGCAAUAAUUGCGACUGUAUCUCAAUCUAUUGGAUUUGCAUCCAAUUCCUAUACUAUCUGGGAAGAUCAGAUCCUACUGUUUUUCCUCGUCACUUUUGGCGUCCUGGGUGGAAUAUCUUCCAUGCGACAAACAUCAACCUCAGAUAGAGUUCUAGGGACGUACCAUUCAAUCCUCUUCAUCAUCUUGACUAGAGUUGCAUCCUUCUCUCGUUUGUGUCGUGAAGAACAGAUGCCUUUUUGCAAAUCAACUUAUUACGCUUCCGCAACCUCAUCAACAUCAGCUCCUUGGCAGCUCAUCGUUCCUUUUGCAGUUGCUUUACUUCUACCAACUGUGAUCCGCUCGUUUUAUGUUGGCUCAAAAUCAUAUGAAGGGUCUGCUACACUUUGGAUUGGCUUUGCCUUCCGCAUUGGAUUAUUAAUCUCCGCCGUUUUCUGGACUUUCCAUGCAGCUGAUGACAACGAGAUGUUCCCUCUUGCUAAAGGGCUCAUAAAGUCAUUCCAGAAUAUCCUAGCACAGCUGGUCCUUGCUAUUGCGUUUGCAGCUGGAACAGCAACAUUCAUCUGGGCAAAGCCAUGCAUUAGCAUCAACGUCACACAGGGCGGCGCAGGUAAUAUCGAGCAACCUGGACAGCAACAACGCACAACCAUCACCAUCCUCGGAUUCGCAAACGUACAUGGUAGCAGAUUCUUCCUCCUAGUCAUCAAUUUCGGACUUGCCAUUAUCCUCUUGAGUAAACCGAUGGGUCAAGGCGCUAUCGCCAUUGAAAUGCUACAAAUCCUAUCACUCCUCGAAAUCCUCGACACCAACACGCUCACCACUACGAAUUCAGCCAUCGGACCUAUCGUGCUCGGCCUUUUGGGCUCAUUUCAUUUUUUCAAAACAGGUCAUCAGGCUACCCUGAACAGCAUCCAGUGGGAAAGCGCAUUCUUCGCUUUAUCCACAGUCAGAUACCCCUGGUCGCCGCUUAUCGUCAUCCUCAACACGUUCGGCGCACAAAUCCUCGCUGCUGUCGCAGUCCCACUUGUGGUUCUCUGGAAACGCCCUAUCGACACACACGGCCGCGUGCCCAUGCAUCUGGUCACCUCGUCACCAGCAGCAGAUAGCACGACGCCGGAUCGUUCCAUGCUCCAUCUCCUCUCCGACGUCGCCCAGGCCUCUGCAACACAUAUGCUCUACUACGCAACCAUUAACCUGGCAACCACAAUGUGGGCCGGCCACCUGCGUCGCCAUCUGAUGCUGUACCGCAUUUUCAGUCCGAGGUUCAUGUUCGGAGCGACCGUACUAGGUGUGGUUGACUUGAUUAUUGUUGUUAUUGCGGUUGGUUUCGGUAUACGAUGGAACACGGUCAGUGUGGCUGAGGUGUUUGGGUGGUGAUGCUGAUGACAAGUGAUUAUUUGGAGGGAGAAGGUAUUCGAGAAAUGUUAAUUUUCUGCUCCCCACGCCCAGCAAUGCCGUAGGGAAGUGUAUAAUAUGUCUUCUAGGAGUGUGGAAAAAUGACACUGGUUAAUCCGACACGGUUUUUCUAGAUUAAACAAUUUAAAAAGGUAUACAUAUAUGUAGGGUCAAACAUAUAUGGCUACAUAGUUGAGUUUAAUUAAGAGAUCGGAGAGAUGGAUCCAUCAGCCCUACAUACAUUGUCAUACUAUGACUAGAAUAUAGAGCAUACAUUGAAAGAGAACAUUU